ACCGUAAAAUUGUCUAACCACACCGUGAAACCAAACAUACACUAAACUAUACAUGUAUAUAUUGAUCUAGUCGGUGGGAAGAAACGCCGUUUAAUAACAUGACAUACAAACUUAUGAAGUCAAAGAAACGAAGCCCAAAAUUAUGAUUAAAUGAUUUCAGCAUUGUGGGGUUUUGGCGGUUAGGGUUUAAUUGCGAGAGAGAGAGAGAGAGAAAAAAGAGUAGAAAAAGAAAAAACAAAAGAAAAGUGAUUCAUUUUCUCUUACGUUAUUUAGGAGCAGCAGCAGCAACUACGUCUUUCGUUUCUUUCAACGUUUGGUGUCGUCGCGCACUGUGUUGUCGGCCACACUUUCUCUCUUUUAUGUACCAAUUGGCUUCUGGAUUGUACGAAGAUUGACAAAAGCACUUGUGAUAGUUUAACUUAGAGCUGCAGGGAUGGAUAAGUGGGGUGUUAAUCAUCAACAGGCAUUCAUUGGUUGGCGUGGGAAAAGAGGAAGAAAUUUUUCUGCUGUUACUAAUGCGCAAGAGGAAUCAGACAACGAUGAAGAGAAAGAACAAGAAGUAACUAUUAAAAAUGAACCUAUUUUUUUUCCAGAUAUUAGGAAAAGGAAGUGCCUCAGCCUUAGUCAGCUUAGAGAGGGGAAAGAGGAGUCGUCUGGGAUGCUUGGUCAGCUUAGUGAAGUGAAAGUAGAGUCUUGUGAGAAGUUUAUUCCGCUUAGAGAGGUGAAAGAGGAGUAUUGUGGCAUGGAAAGCAGUAGCAAGAAUAAGAGAACGAAGCCUGUUGUUAAGGACAGAUGGUCAAGCGAGAGGUACAAGUUGGCUGAGCAAACCAUGUGGGAAGUUUUGAAGGCAGAAGGUGCGACUUUUGAAAAUCCGAUAACCCGACCUGCACUAAGAGCAGCUGCCCGUAAAUUCAUUGGUGAUACUGGACUUUUAGACCACUUACUGAAGCACCUUAGUGGUAAAGUGGCCCCUGGAGGCACUGAUCGGUUCCGAAGAUGGCACAACACCGAGGGAGUCAUGGAGUAUUGGUUGGAGAGGGCUGACUUGGAUAAGGUCCGCCAGGAGGCUGGAGUGCGUGACUGCUACUGGGUACCACAUUCCGCUGAUAGGGCAAUCCUUGCCCCUUAUCAGGAUACUGAUUCUUCUGGUGAAUUGGAACUGCUUAAAAAAGAAAUGGCUCAAAUGAAGAAAGAUAUGCAGGAGCUCAUUGCCAAGAAGGAAAAGAAAAUUGAAAGUAACUUGAUGGAGGAGACUUGCAAGGAAUUUGGGAAGUGGAAAGCUAUAACUGAUCAUCGCCUUACUGAAAUCAUGGCUUCUGUGAAGAAUUUGCAGGGAAAUUAUGGUGAAUUGAUGAAUUGGAAAACUGAAGUGGAGAAACAUCUUAUGGAUAUAACAGAAAAAUUGAACGAUCUUCAAGCAGCAAGAGAAUGCACCACUUUUAGUCCUCCUUCAGACAAAUGGAAAGAAUGGUUAGCAGGCCCUAACCCAAAUAAUUUUCAGGAGGAUGAUGCAUUGGCAACUUGGAUUGGGAGUUCAGAGCCGCUUAAUGUUCCACAAGAGUGUUUGCCUGAAUAUCCCUGCGCAGGCAUGCUAACUCAGCCACUCAAUGAAGAACCCACUAACAAGAAGAGUGAUGCUGAGGAGCUGAUGCCCACAAUGCAAGAGGAUCAAAAUAAUGUCACCCCAGAUUCAUCUACAACUGUUAAUUCAAAGGCAGACAUUGACAACUCAUUGAUAAUGUUUCAGGAGAUGUUUAUGGAUUUAUUCAAAUGGAAAGAAAAAAUGGAGCAGCAGCUGCUGGAUGUAUCAAACACUGUAUAUGGCAUGCUAGCAAUGAAGUAGACAUUGCUUUGAGGUAUCAGGACUAGGAUAUGAUCAUAACCACCUUUACUUGACAACUUUUUCUUUACUCUCAAAGCUGGUAGAGUUUACAUAUCGUACAGCAUUAACAAUCUGAUACUGGAAAUCUUUUCCAACCGCUAAGUUCAUGGAAGAGGUUGAAACUUGAACCUUACCUGCUUGUUGAGCUGCAAAUUGUUGAUAUGUUUGACUUCCUUUUACAGUACAGUUUGUUCUAAUUUUAGGCAGGUCUACAGCAGGAUUGAAAUUGGUUGUAUUAUUGACUUGUUGGUUAAGAUUACCAGUUCCUUUUAGUACAGGUCCUUAGGUAGGCUUUACCCGUAUUUUACAUAUUAGCUAUGCGAUGCGAAUUUGUACUUCAAAAUUUAUUUGGGGGACAAGUUGCUAUAUUUAUAUAUAGAAUUUCUACAAUAUCACAUAGCAUCUUGUGGGUGUCUAUCAGUGUGAAUUACAAAAUGUACGUAGUCUCGGACGGUUGUUA